GAGUAGGGACCGGCUAUGAUUUCAUGUGCGGCUCACUGCUGUUGGGCAAGGAGUACUGCACUGGGUCGGGUGCACCAAUGGGACUCAGAUAAGCUGAAAGUUUCCAUUGAAGACGGAGGUGGUGGAAGCAGUGGGGCGGAGACAGUCGCCCACAAAGUCCACACCUUUCCUCCACUUUCCAUGGCGGCUCUGGCCUUCAUCCAUCACAAUCCCAUCCCUCCAAGGCCCUCGCUCCUCUCUCCCAAAUUCAAACGCAAACACAUCUCCAGAAUCCCCCCAAUUCAGUCUUCUCUCACACCUCAAUUCGGCUUCUCGGACCCUCUCGUCCUCCAAUUAGCAGAAACCCUAGAAGAUUCUCUCCCCUCUCCUCCCCCCUCCUCCCUUCAAUUCUCCCCUCUCCAGAAGAUUAGGGACACUUCCUCGGAGACCCUUCUCUCGACCCACUGGCCUUCCCUCAAGGACGAGCCAUUUCGCUUCACUGACACUUCCUUCAUCAAGAACUCUGACAUAUACCCCACCUCACAGCCUCCCCAGUCUCUGGACUCUCUGAAGAUAAUCCCUUCAGAGCUGGGUCUCACCAUUGUCGAUGGCCACAUUGUGGAUUCUCUAUCCAAUUUGGGAAGUUUGCCCGAUGGGGUGUAUGUGGGUAGCUUGUUGAAUGCCCCGCUCUCUGAGAGCGAUAGCGAUAAAAGUAUUCCAAAGAAGGUGAAUGAGCUUGUUGGUGAGUUUGAUUGGGGAGACUUGUUUUGGUCUAUCAAUGGGUUGGGGACCCCCGAUUUGGCAGUCAUUUACGUGCCUGCAGGUUGUCGGGUUGAGGAACCAAUCCACUUGAGGUACUAUUCAGCUGAAGGCGGCAAUGAGGGGUCAGGAAAGUUGCCAGUUUCGAACCCGAGGGUGUUUGUUUUGGUGGAGGAAGGUGGGGAAGUCAGUGUGGUUGAAGAGUUCUGCAGCGGGGACGGGGAUAAGUGCUAUUGGGCUAAUCCUGUUUUAGAGGUGGUUAUUGGAGAAGGUGCCAGGUUUCGGCAUUCGUAUGUGCAGAGUCAGUCUACUCGUGCAGCUCAUAUCAAGUGGACUUCUGUUCGGCAGGAAUCAGCUAGCAGUUACCAGCUUGUAGAGAUUAGUACAGGGGGCAGGCUGAGCAGGCACAAUCUCCACAUCCAGCAACUUGGACCCGAAACUGAAACAGAAAUUUCGACAUUGCACUUGUCUGUCAGCAAACAGACUCAGGAUUUACAUAGUAUACUGGUCUUGGACCAUCCCCGAGGUUACUCCCGACAACUCCACAAGUGCAUUGUUGCUCAUUCGGAAGGACAAGCAGUGUUCGAUGGAACCGUACAAGUUAACAGGUAUGCGCAACAGACAGAUGCGGGACAGUUAACAAGAAGCCUGCUGCUUGAGCCCCGAGCGACUGUUAAUGUCAAGCCCAAUCUCCAAAUUAUAGCGGACGAUGUGAAGUGCUCCCAUGGAGCUGCGAUCAGCGACUUGGAGGAGAGUCAGCUCUUCUACUUCCAAGCUCGUGGGAUCGACUUAGAAACAGCUAGAAAGGCCCUGGUUUUCUCUUUUGGAGCCGAGGUCAUUGCUCAGUUGCCUCAUCCUUCAAUAAGGAAGAAGAUCGAGACUCAGAUCAAAGGCAUGUUGGAUCCGCGAUGAAGAGCUUUGUCGCUACUACGGAGAACGACGGACGUGGAAUCUGUACAUCCUGUCAAAGAGCUCAUCUGUUUUGGGCAGAUUUUUGCUAUUGUUCUGCAAAUGGGGGGGGGGGGGGGGGGGGGUGUAUCGAUUGUAUUUUGAUUUCAUUGUG